GUAAGAAAUAUUUAACGUGCUGAUACUGUCAGAAUGGCCGAUGUGCAUGAAUGUUCCGAGUUGAAAAAUAGUUUUUCAAAGGAAAGGAACGUACUUAAGGAGAAACACAAGAAAUUAUUAUCUUGUGAUUAUUCUGUUAAAAAGCGAGAACCUUUCGGUUUAAAAAGACAAACUGGUAAAGAUAUACUUAUAACUAAUAAAACAAACUUCAAGGCCCAGUUAAAAAAAUGUGAGAGACUUUUUGACAAUGGUACUCCUGAAAUAAUUAUUCACGGCCUUGGUGCUGCUAUACAUAGAGCUUGUAAUUUGGCUUUACAAUUAAAAGAAAUUCAUUACAAUGGAAUAGAAUUGGAUAUCAAGACUGCUACUACAUCUAUUAUUGAUGAUUUUGAACCUCUUAACGACGAGGCUGACUAUGAAACUGUUAAUAGAAAUAAUUCAGCUAUACAUAUCCGUGUGUUUAGAAAAUUUUCAAUAGGUAGUCUUAAAUACCAAGAAUAAAACAACUUACAAAAAAUUGUCAAAGGUUUUU